AUGGCCUUGAGCGCUCAGAGGUUCAAGGAUCACUGCCUCAUCAUCAUUGGUGAUGGUGGUGCGGCGGAUGAAAUCCUGGCCAAGCGGCGCUUGGCUGCUGGGGGGCGCUUGGCGCAUUUUCAGACCCAAGGGCCGGGCGAUCCAAGAAUCUCGCAGCAUUCCAUCGAGGACGGCAGCAGCUUCGACUACUUUACCUGGCAGCCACCCUCUUCGAAGAUGCAGGUCUCCAACUUCGCGCAGAGAUUGCAGGGAAGACGUCGAACCUUUUGGACCAAGAACGGCCCAGAUGGCGUUGAACUUGAAGAGGGUCAUCGUCUCAGCAUCAAUGCGGGCGUGGAUGGGAAGAAGAGGCAUGUGUCUUUGUCCGACGCGGAGGGGAACGUCCUCGUGAGCAUGUCUGGAGAGGUCGUGUUGGAUGUGGACGAAGACACAGCCAAGAACCUGGCGGUUGAGGUUCGAAACACCGAGAUCAACGCGUUCGGCAGCUUUUCAUGGCGCUUCGUCCGCCUAGCGAUGCUGAUACAGCUGGUAUGGCAGGUCUCGAAGCUCUACUUGUCGAUAGCUUUUGAGCAAGAUGCGACCGUUGGGAAAGUGCCAUGGGCUCGGAACCUACUUUCAUCUUUGAGCUGGUCGCUCACAGGACAGAUCGUGUGCACGGAGAUGUGGUGCUACAGCUUGACGGGAGAAGCAGCCACUGUGGCCACCCAUGUGGUGGCCAAUUUGAGUUCCACCGCGGGGAUCAUGUUGGUGAGCUAUUUCCAGUUUUCCGAGUUCUUCUUGUGCUUCGUGGGAGCCAUCAGUGGCUUGGCCACUGCGCCUGGCUUCCAAUAUUUCAACACCAUGGACCGGCAUCCGGAGCGACGUUGGAAGCCGCACCUGGCGUGGACCGUUGGACAAGUCUGCGGAACUGUCGGAUGCUUCCUGAUCUUCGGGUUGAUUGGACAGAUCUAUUCUCUGCUGAUUGCAAGUGGGUACAAUGUGGCAGCGUCAUUCUUUCUCCCCUUCAGCACUGCCAUUGGAGAAACGGGCAUGGUGGUCUUCACCAGACGUAUCUACGAUUGGCUGGUCCACUCUAAGCGCGACGCGGAGGGCCUGGGGCCGUUGGUCGGCGACCAGAUCUACGUGGCGGCGCCAUGCUUGAUCUUCUCGGCCCAUGGCUUCGCGGAGGCGUGUCGCUUGGCGGCGACCCUGGCCGGAGCCAUCAACAGUGGCGGGUUCGCUUGGGUCCCGACCACCUGUUUGGGAAUUGCCUUGAACCUCUCAGCACGACUUGGAUGGUCUCGCUUCGCCCUGAUGCAAAUCACCAAGAAACUCCGUGGAGGUCCAGCUGCCAUGGCCAUUUUUGCACCGACUGGCUGGAGCAAAUUUCAUGAUGAGCUCAAGAUCUACUGUGGAUACUACAGGUUCGUCCUGGUGUUGGCGCUCUGUGCCGUGCGCGCCAUCAUUUACCGAAGCUUUUCGGCCGUGGAUGCCCCGUUGGCCCCGGCCUUCAACCUGUCCGCCACCAUUCUGAUCCCGGUGCUUUUGACGGCCGAGUUUAUCGAAGAUCACAUUGUCACCAAUGAGCUCCUGCCGAUCAACCCGGCUGGGCCAGGGCUGCUGAAAAUCAACGCAGCAGGAGACAAUGCAGAUCCUUGUCAACUCAUCACCUUGGAGCAUUUGCCGAGCGUCGCCGAGAACGACCCCUGGAAGAUGAUGGAGCUUCAGACUGCGAGUCGAAGGUCCAAGAUGAACUUUGACAUGUCGAAUUGCGAGGGUCCGCCGCAGAAGACGGUCUCCUUGAGCUUCAGCGAGACCUAUGUCUGGGCGCGGCUUCGUCGGUGGUUUGGGCAGCCUCGGAGUUUGAACUCCUCGCCGGCGCUGCAUGGGCUCAGAGAGCUACCCUUUCGAAUUCAUUUGAGUUUCAUUGGGAUCGUAGCGGAGUUCACUGCGGGUCUCCUGGGCUUGCUGGUGGGUGCGGGCUACAUGCGUGGCUUGUGCCCAGCGCCCCUAGAGGGCAUGGAGCGUAUUCUGGGGCUUGUGACAUGGAGCGUGCCAUUACCAUGCUAA